AUGUCUAAAGAACAAGAAUUAACUACUUCAAGUUUAAGAUCUCGACACGUGAGAUCUGAAUCUAGUUCUACCUCCGGAGAACUCCCUGAAAGAACUAAUAUUAAUAAAACCACAAAAGAUAUUAACACUAACAGUAGUACAAAUCCCCAAAGAACUUCUAGAGCCAAACAUCUGCGCAGAAGGCCAAAAGAAGAUCCGGAGUCACGUAAACCAAAAUUAAGUAGAGCACGACUCCCUACUUAUGAAAAAUUUUAUAGCAAAGCUAUCUAUUUUGGUUUGGUGGUAGCAAGGCUAACUGCUGCUUUAUAUUCAAACAUAUCUGAUUGUGAUGAAGUUUAUAAUUAUUGGGAACCGACUCAUUAUUUACAGUACGGUUAUGGUAUGCAAACAUGGGAAUAUUCACCAACAUAUGCAAUCAGAAUUUCUGAAAUAUUAUUUUAUCGUACUGCUAAAAAUCAUCUUGGAACACGUGUUGGACGUGAUAUCUUAUUGUUCUCAUUGCUAAGUGUAGGGAUGUGGAAUGCAUCGACAGCUUACCUUCCAUCAACUUUUGUAAUGUACACAACUAUGAUAGCAUAUUCUUAUGCUCUUAAACCUGUUACAUCUAGUUCUGGUCGUAGAAUUUAUCAUUCAAUUUUUUGGAUCGGUCUUGGAUCACUUUUGGCUUGGCCCUUUGGCGCAGCUAUUGGAAUCAUUCCAGCAAUAGAAGAAAUUUUACUUCGUACUAAUUCAUUUAAAGAUAAAUUGCAUCGAUUUAUUCGCAUAUUAUUUUGUUUCGUUUUUUCUUUAAUUGUUAUAUUAGCUCCUAUUAUAAUCUUUGAUUACUUUUAUUAUCAAAAGUUUACUGUUGUUCCUUGGAAUAUUAUUAACUAUAAUGUUUUUGGUGAUAAAGAUCGAGGACCUACCCUUUAUGGAACCGAACCUUGGAGUUAUUAUUUUAUUAAUGGAUUUUUGAAUUUCAAUUUAAUUUUCAUAGUGGCGAUUAUUAGUAUACCUGGAUUGAUGAUAACUUUUCUUGUUAAUCCUGACCGUGUUUGUUCAACAUCUCCAACAGCUGGUCCCGUAUUUGCUUAUCUUUUCCUACUUUUUAGACUUGUACCUCUUUAUUUUUGGCUUCUUUUAUUGACACUACAGCCUCAUAAAGAAGAGAGAUUUUUAUAUGUAAUCUAUCCAUUGAUAUGUUUCAAUGGUUCUGUAUCAAUAUUUUUGAUUAAGGGAUGGAUUGAUCUCAUGAUAAUGUAUUUCUCCAAUGGCAACUUAUAUAUUGCUCUUACCAAAAGGUAUAUUUUGAAUACUUUGACAAUUUGUUUUCUCAUCAUAACUGGUGCCAUGUCAUUGUCAAGAACUUAUGCUUUGCACACAAAUUAUCAUGCACCUAUGGAAAUUUAUGAGCAUUUAUAUUAUAAUGAAAUUCCUAAAGUUUUAGCGGAAGAAGGUCCUAUUAAUCAUCAAGGAACCAUCAAUCUUUGUUUAGGAAAAGAAUGGUAUAGAUUUCCAAGUCAUUAUUUCUUGCCAGAUAGAGUUCGAUUAAGGUUUUUGAAGUCUGAUUUUAAAGGACAACUACCCAAAUACUUUUUGGAAAGUUAUACUGUUGACGAUGAUGGCAUCACGAGAUAUAAUAACUCUCGUGAUGGUACAUGGAAGAUCCAAGAAGGGUUUAAUGACAGGAAUUUGGAAGAGACAGAUCGUUAUGUUCCUAUACAAAAUUGUGGUUAUAUUAUUGAUUAUAAUGCUGAUCGUUCUGUUGAUGAUCAAGUUUCAGAAAAUGAACCGAAUUAUGUCGAGAGAACUGAUCAGUGGAGUAAAGUGAUAUGCAUGCCUUUCUUAGAUGCAAAAAAUUCAAAUAGAAUCUCUAGAUCUUUUUAUUUUCCUUCUUUUAUAACGAAAAGGCUUAAAACGAUUCUAAGCUAUGUCCCAGCUAAAUUAAUUUCACAAAAUACAGUUGAUAAUUUGGGUGAUUUGAAAUGGGGAGAAUAUUGUUUAUUGAAGAGAAUUGCUGAAGAAGAUCAACCAAAUUCUAAACCAUCAGAAAUUACUAACGGUAAAAAAGAAAAUGUAGUAGGAUUUUUCAGGGAAUGGUAUAAUUUUAUUCUUAGCAAGAUGUAA